AACGACAAGCAGCUCAACACAAAAUCCGAACAUGGCUGCCUGACACCGUACGGGUAACCACUGGCUCCGGGGCAUAACACAGCUCCGAGUGGCGUUUUCUCAGUAAGCAGACGAUUCUCAGUGCCAAAUCUUUGUCUCUGGAAAGUUUAAAAAGAAUUUCAAGAUGGCCACGACUGUGGACCCGGUGAAGAUUCAAGCUUGGCGAGAAGAUCCCAAGUUUGAUCUGAAACACCGAGACCAGCCUCCUCGACUUGACCUGUACGACUUCAAGACCACAGUGGACAUGAAGGUGGCCAUCCCGACGCCGCCCAAGGCCACCUGGGAACUGGACGUCACUCCGGCCAUCUCCACACAGAAGUGGCUGACCAUGUACGGCCUCAAGAAGAACAAACUGACCAUGGGACAGAUCCUGCCUGCCAUCGGGUUCAAACACAGUGAUGAUUAUGACUAUUCAUUGAAGAAGCCGGUGAGCUCCAGGUAUGGAGAAGGGUUAUUCCAGAGGUUCCCCAGAAAAGACGGCAAAACAUUCAAUGUGACCGUCGGCAAAGACAAGUUGAAGCAGAUAGAGAGCAGACUGAUGCAGGCCAUCACCCUGUACAAGCGCAGGCUGGAAUGGCUGACGUCCGAAAGCCGGCGUACGUUUGGAGUUAUCCAGGAACACUGUGUGGUUCUUGUACUGGACAUCAAGACCAUGGACCCCGCAGAGUUCGAAAUCUGCAGGGACAUCAUCAGAAGAGUCAUCAACGAACAGAUAGCAAAUGUUGCCAAGUUCAACCUCAUCAGAGCACAGGAGGACCUGAGUGUGUGGCAGCCUGGAGGAGCCAUCCCGUACUCCGCUGAAAGUCGACUGUCUGCGCUGACGUGGCUGGAGCAGGUAGACAGGAUGGCAGGGAGGUCCAAAACUUCGACUGUGGAGUCAGUCAUCAGGGCCAUGAAUGAUCCAAACGCUGAAGCAGUUUACCUGUUCUACGAGGGGGACCUGUCUAAUGACACACAGCACCUCCUGAGACAGAAGCUGGUGGGACAUCGCUACCCUCUGCACAUCGUCUCUUUCAACGCAACCAGCGAACACACCACACGAUUCCUCAGGGACCUCACCAAACUCACAGGGGGAAGGUUUCAUGCGUUCACUCUGCGGGAAGGCCGUACGCCGAUCGGUGGAGUCCCCCCAGGUGCAGGCGUGAGACCGGAGGUGAUCGAGCUGUUUGAAGAACUGGAGGAGGCCAGGAACACCCUGUCUGAGGUGCAGGUGCUCAUUCAGGAGGCUCCUGAUCCCAAGACACAGAUGGCCACAGUGAAACCAAGACCUAAAGUGAAGAGUGAACAGUACAUGGGAUCAAAAGAGUGGUUAGAGAACUACGGUGUUGAUGCGAGAAGACUGGACUUCUACGAUGUGAUCUCUGGCUGCUGCUUUAAACACAGCGAUGGGGUCAUAGAACUGAAGAAAAAACCUGGAGACCCCAACACACAAACUGACGCUGACACAAAAAACAAGCUGGUCAAUGCAAAGUACUGUGACCGUUUUGCCCACACGAACUGGAAGGAUGGGUCAGUGGUCCAUGUGCACGUCACUCCUGAGUUCCACAGGCAUUACGAACAGAGGGUUGACACUGUGGUGCAGCAGGUGCAAAGAAGGAUUGACUGGUUGCGUGAGGGCAGUCGUGAGCUGUUCGGUACAGUGAUAGAGGAGCAGGUCUACCUUCUGAUUGACACAUCCGAGUCCAUGAGGGAUAGGCUCCCCUUCGUCAAGGAGAAGCUUUUCCAGCUCAUGCAGGAACAACUAAGACACAAGGCCAAGUUCAACAUCGUGAAGUUCGACACGCGGGCGCUCCCGUGGCGAGACCGUCUGGCGGACGUGAACGAACAAAACCUGGAGAACGCCUGGCAGUGGGUCAAAGGUCUCACGGCGGGGGGAACCACGAACACGCUCGCCGCCAUCCGCCUUGCCUUGGCCGACCACAACACACACGCCAUAUACCUGCUGACGGAUGGCAGGCCGGAUCAGCUACCGAAGACAAUCCUUGCGCAGGUGCAGCUCCACCCACAGGUGCCCAUCCACACCAUCUCCUUCAACUGUGACGACAUCGAGGCUAACCGCUUCCUGGCACAGAUGUCACAUGACACCAGCGGGAGAUACCACUACUACUCCACCGACGGGAGGGACCCAGAGGGACCAGAACCUUUUGAGAGUGAGGAUAUCCAGCUGCUGAAACAGGAGAUAGAACGGGCCAAGAGUGACCUGGCCAAGGUGGCUCAGCUCAGGGACGAGUGUGCAAUGUUGGACUGGAAGAACUCCGGCAGCAAGGCUAUCAGGAACCAGAGACCAGACUCAGCCUCCACCAGCUCCAGUAGGUCCCACCACUCCCGCUCCUCGUCCGGCCCCACCCCUCCCUCCACCCACCGCCCCUCCUCCGCACCAGGGUCCCGCAGACGGCCCAUGACCGCCCUGGGGUUCUCCCCCACCCCCAGCCACUCCCCCAGGGUCACCCCCCGCCCCAGGACGGCCAAUGGUUUCCGCAGUCCGGCCCACGCCGGCCACAGCCACGCCCGACACACGCCGCGACGGCCCAGGAGUAGGACCUCCGACCUGCAGAAGAAACCUCUGUUCGCUGGCCAGACAAAGACCAGCCUGUUGCGCAGCAUGAGUGCGAUGUCCAUGACUCCUCAGGGCUUCAGCGGCUCAGGGAACACUUGGAUGCUGCCGGAGACAAAAGAACUGUUCGAGAGGCAGUGGGUCAAGUACAAGGAGUCCUUGGAUGAAGCAGACAGAAUACUGGACAAGAGGAAAAAGAAGAGGAAAGCAAUCAUACCAUCACACCCACUAGACAUGUCCUCCAAGAAGUGGCUGAAGAAGCAUGGCCUGGUGGCCAAGAAACUGACCAUCAUGGAUGCCCUUGCGCCCACGGUCAUCCCCCACAAGGCCAAAUAUGUGCCUAUCCUGGACAAGCAUGUGGUGUCUAAGGUCUUUGACGAGUCUCUCCCCAUAGCCCACGCAUCCAGCACUGGGAAGCUGCGUCUGGUGAACCCACAAGCUGUGGACCUGGUCGGCUAUGAAGAGAGACUACAGAAGGCUGUGGACUCUUAUAAAAAGAGAUUAGACAUGAUAGUGUGGAGGAAUCUAUCGCAAGAGGAAAGAGACCAGUUUGACAGCGAAGAAGCCGUGUCGUUCCUUGAGAACCGCCACGCGAUGAUGCAGGCCCUGGACCGGCUGGGCUGGCCCGUCGCACAACAGGACAUCCUGCUGUUGGAAGACGAGAUCGCCCGGGGACAGAAGUACCUGCGCCAGUCCACGGACCUCAGGAAGGCCGCUGAGAAGCUGCAUCGGUCCACAACUGAGGAGGAGGAUGGCAGCAAUGAUGAGGAUGAUAUGGCGUCGGAGACGUCUGGAGUGGAGGCUGGAGACGAGACGGAGCGCAGCAGGACAGAGUUUGAGGGUUUGGGCAGUGUUUUACAAGGGAGUGGCGGCAGUGGAGAGAAGAGCACGCCUGGCUCAGGCAAGCACAGAGUGAAGAAAGUACUGGAUAAACUGAAAGGUCAUAAGGUCAUCGCGAGGAAAGAAGAGGACGGAUUUUAUUACCCUGGGAUUGUUGUCAAGUGCCCAAACUCCAGACAUGCGAUUGUGGAUUACCAUGGCAACGGCAGGCAGCUCACCCCCACCAGAUUUGUCAUCCCCAUGGGCGGGGCCAGGGCAUGUCCUGAGCUCAGGGUUGGAGAUUUUGUGCUGGUUAAGACCACCACAGAAGAGGACCUGGAGUGCUGGGUGCCGGGGAUCGUACAGAUGACACCUCGGAGAAGGGAGGUACAGGCCAAGUUCUACACCAUCCUGCAGUUUGACAAGAAAAGGGUGACUUCUCUGAGAAAGGGCAUCAUGAAGAUCCCCAAGUCCAGAUACGUGUUUGCCUGUCGUUACAUCAAGGAUGCACAGCAGAUCAACUAUGAAAUUCCCAGUGUAGACAUAGUGCAGAGACAGCCAACCCCAGUGAAGGAGGAGGAGGAGGAGAAACACAUCAGUAACGAGGACUCAGGACACGUGGAGACUAGCAGCUCUGAGGAGGAGAAAGUAGACAGCGAGAAGACUGAAUCAAGUUACUCAGGUUCUGAGUCAGGGUCCACCGAGAUGUCCAGCUCCAGAACACCCUCCCGAGCAUGCAAACCCACCACACCAAGGGUCAGCGAUGAGAAGAUAGAGGAGAUUCUGAGCCACCAGAAGACUCUGGAGGAUCUGCAGAGGAAACUGCAGGAGCAACAGGAGCAGCAGCUGGAGCAACAGAAGGCUAUCCAACAAGAACUACAGAAACUCUCCGAAGCAGUGAAGAACAAACCAGAGCCAGAGCCUAAACCUGAAUCACAAGCCACCGAACCACAAGUGGAUCACAAGCCACCAACAGAAGGUGACUUAGAGAACGUUGAAGAGGACAAUGAUCAGGAGAAACAUGAGAAAGUUCAAGAGUGGCUGAAGAAUGUAGAGAAGGAAGGAGAGGAUAAAGAUAAGGACAAGGACAAGGACAGUACAAAGGGCAGUCAGAAGAGUGAGGGAAAGAAAGAAGAGACGGAGGAAGAGAAAACUAAGGAGGCAAGCGAGGCAGAAGAGACGAAAGUGUCGAUGCACAUGGACCCACAGGGCAACGAGUCAGUCCUAGUCACUCAGGGUGACCGAGGGCUGCUGUUCUCACGCAAGCCGCCAGAGGUCGUUGCUGAGAGGGCAGCCGUGGCGAGACACAGUCUGCCCAAGCUGGGGCCGGGGCAGGAGGUUCUGGCCAGGUGGUCCGACGAGGGAUGGUACUACAGAGGAACGGUGAAACAAGCCCUGGGCGAUGACAGUUACUACAUUGAGGACAGUGUGGGGGACAUGGAGAGGAUCUUCAGGGAGGACAUCAUCACUGAUGAGGACGAUGCAAACAACAUCAUACAGUCUGGAGACCCGAUCAUCGGCCUGCACCCGAGCUACUCCUUCAGCUACGCUCCUGGAGUGGUGCUGGAGGUCCUGCCUGACCUGUGGACUGUGGUGCGCUACUACGACGGUGCUGAGGCUAAGGUGCCACGUGAGGAGGUGUACAAGAUGACAGCUGAGAAGUUUGAGAAGGACGUGGCGUACAUCCUGCAGUGUGAGGACAGCUGGGUGGGGCACGCCGUGGUCGCUAGGGACGACAGCGACGGAGCGUACCAUUUGGGAACUGUGAAGGAGAGAGUAGGUAACGGCCGUCAGUACGUGGUGCAGUGGGCGGACGAGUCCCUGCAGGUCCAGAGCUCCUCCUGCAUUUUCGGAGCCUUCACCAAGCGGCACGCGCUGGCGCUGGGAGACCGUGUUCUCGCCGUGGCCGACCCCGUCGCCCUCGUCUACCUGCCCGGCUGGAUCACCGGAACCAACGGGCAGAAACUGGUGGUGAAGUUCUGCAAUGGGACAACGUCUGCCCACAUCAACCCACGGCAGUGUUUCUGGCUGUCCCAGGAGUACUUUGACAUCGCUGUCAAUUUCUGGAAGUCCAAGCAAACGGCUUCGUAAAGUUCAAGAUUCAAGCAUCUGCCUGCAGUUCUACAACUACCCUCUAGGUGGUGCUGCAGUACCAUCGCUACAGAUGCAGACUGCCUGCUUUGAGAUUACUCAGUGUUUGAUUUAGAUGUUAGAAAACUUGAAAGACUUACCAUGGCCAAGUAACAAACAAGAAUCAGGAAAUACCUCCAGACCUCUGGUCAGUGCCAAAAUGUAUGUUUGUAUAGCUACAGUUAUUAAUGCAGUCGAUGAAGGUUUAGAUGUCCAGGUAAUGAAAUACACAAGAAAACAGUUACUAAAGCAAUUGGAUAGUCAUCGAUGAAAAGAGAGCAGAUGCUACCUGAAAGAUCUGACAGUUUUCAAAAUCUGUCCAGUUGCAUGAGUAACUGUUUUCGUGAGUUUAGCAGCAGUUCUGUGUUUGCUAGAUAGGAGGCAUUGCUGCACCAUUAAGCUACUGUACAUGUACUUGUGCUGAGAGGUAGCAGCAUUGUACCCCAGCUGUGUCUCUUUGCAGAAGAUCAUAGGGAAUUGUGUUGAUGGAGGCAGAACUAAGGCAUGACACGGCAAAUCCAGAUUUAAGGCUCUGACAACAACAGAAGAUACAGUGCCAACUUGGACCAAUUGUACCAAUCCUCGCGAAAACGACUGGCCCUAAAUCGAAGAUAAGGCAAAAGUGGACUUUAUACUCUAGACAAUUCGUGCCUUUUCACCUGAACUCCAGGGACGUUGAACCAUCUCUUUCUUAUUUCGAGUUAACCUCUUUAGGAGGGGGCGUUUGAGUGAAAAAUGUUAUGGUCUGGCUCGUAUUUUGGCAUGUGUUUCCUAAAAAAGCGAAAUUCUGUCAAAGCAAACGACGUCGUCAGUCAACUCCUCUGAAAAGUUCAGGUACUUGACAUUGUAGCGUGCAGACGUCUUCAUUCCGUUACAAUAUGUUCCAUCCGUCGCUACAAUUGGUCAAAACUGCUACAGUCGGUCGCAGUACGAUGCCCCCGGGGAUGAAGUUUACGCCCUGCGAGCGUUGAUCGAAAGCGUUUUUCAUCGAGGGCGCCAUAAGGCACCCGGCGGCCCGUCCCUCGCAAGAGCCUCUCCCACUCCAUUAGGGUGGAAACACCGUUGGAUCCGGAUGCCCCAGCAGACUCUGUGUCUCCACACAAGAAUGUGCCGGUGAAAUAGCACAGACCCGGCUGUGUUGUCUGGGGAGAGGGGCCCCCACCAAAACAUCGCUGCCCGCCUCCCUCGUUUAGACACCACAUAAGCACGCCGUUAAAAGGGUCUGCGUGGAAAAUCGGGGGCCUCGGAAAACAGCAACGGUCGUUAGCAGGAUUAGAAAUAAGUCCGUUCGGGGCCUGCAUCGCUGACGUAGAAAUCUGAGUGGGUCUGAAAGGGGGGAAAACAUCAACAGCAACAUUCAGUUACAUCCCUGUUGUUUAUUUGAAGAUAAACUGUAGCAGGUGCAAGAAUAAUACACA